GUGGGGAUGGGGGGACAAAAAAAAGAAUAAAAUAGUUUGUGUGUUUAGCAAGUUCCCGCGUAAAUUCAAUAUCGGUCAUGUGAUAUCGCGAGAGACACGUCGUACUUGUGUUGUUUUUUCGAGACCUUAUGAAAGAGAGAGAGGGAGAGAGGGAGGAGAGAGAGAGAGAGAGAGAGAGAGAGAGAGAGAGAAAGAGAAAGAGAGAGACGUAGAGAGACGUAAAGAUAGAAAAAUCGGAGAUUAGACCAUGGAACGUGAAACUCACGUGGUUGUUACAAGAUAUAAAUAAAAAUAAAUUAGAAAGAAAUAAAGAAAAAAGAAUUCGAAAUAUUUUACAGAGAGGGACAAAAGAAAGGGAGGAAGAAAGAGAGAGAGAGAGAGGGGAUAGAGAGAGGGAGAGAGAGAGAGAGUUUUGUGGAAGUUUAAUCUUUUUACGAGUUGAGUGAUAAGAAGAACCACGCGUGAUGCUGCUGUUGAUAUGAAAAGUUCGAAGAUCCAUUUGAGAUUCGACCGAUUGAUAGAACGUAAAUAGAAACGAGAUAUUGCGAUAGUUUUAAUAUAAAGGACGUGUUGUCCUUUGAUUGUGUUAAUCUCAAGAAUUUCAAGAGCGACAAGAAAUACACAUACAUACACGUACAUGUAUAUAUAUAUAUAUAUAUAACAUAUACACACACAUGGAUAUCGUGUAAACGAACUUUUAUUUAACGAUAACGUUACAGAACGGAUUGUACGUUGCAUUCAUGUUUUCUACACGAGUGUAACAUUCCUUAUGAAACUUUUGAUUCAGUAGAUCGAUCGUAUUCGAAGUAAUUCGAAGUUUCAAUUCAAAGGAAAGAGGACGUUGGAAAGAAAAAAAUUGUUGAGAGAUCACUUCCACUUUCCUCUACCGAUCUUUGGAAUCAACUUUAAUGACGUGUUUUCUCGUUAUGAAUACACCGUUAGAGCCGAAUCAGUAUCGUUCGCCGUAUGGGUGCCUGGGUUGACGAUUGUUUAGUGGAGGAGGAGGAGGUGGUCCUGAUCAAGCAGCAGAAGCAAAAGCAUCAGCAUAAACGGGGCUCAUCAAGAAGGACUUGCCGAAUUUUUGAUCGAGUUUGCGAUGGUGGCGGUGUGGUUACGGGCCAAUUGCGUCCAGACAUCAUAUUCUCAUAUUACGCUGCGUUCGCGUCCGCGUUGCUGUUGCCGUUACGUCGUCAGUUUACUAGGCAGUUAUACGAGUGGCCGUGUUUACCAUUAUUUAAAUCAAGGACGAAACUAAAUCGGUUUUGAAUUGAAAAUUCUCGUUGUGAGAUUAUAAGAAGGGAAAUCACAAGAAGAAACAUCGAAGGUGGGCUUUGAUGUCAUUCGACACAAAGUCAGAUAAAUUGCGUUUGAACGAAGAACGCUUCCUUCGUGUUCGCCAAUAUGGCUGACUGGACCAAGUUCAAGGGCAAGAGAAAUAGUCGAAAGAAUGAACGAAAUGGAUCGAUAGGUGAGAGAAACGAUGGUUUUCCGAAGGAGUCUGGGUCAUUGGAGGGAAAUGGAGUAUUGGAUUCGAAUGAUCGAAAGAUUGUUAUUGAGGUUACCAAUAGGACACCUUUCGAAAUGGGCCUGGAAGAGACAGAAGAAAAUACUGGAAGACAGAAAAUGAUGGAGGUUCUCUUAGAGGACUCUUCCAAAGCUUUAAAUAGGUAUAAGGAUAACAGCGAAGAGAAAAGACUUGUAGAGAAUUAUAGCGAUCAGUGGUUAGAGCCUGGAUCGAGGAUACGACAAGAAGCGAAACAAGAGUUGACAGAAAGUAUGAAUAAUUCACCAAAGAGACCAGGAAGUCUUUAUAAAGAUGACUCGUUUAGUCCGCAAAAGUUGAAGAAUGUUUUUAACGAGAGAAAUUCGCUUUUUGGAUCACCAACGAGGAUCCCUCUCUCGUCGAAGAGUCACUCACUUACAGAGAAAAGUACGGAAAGACUCGUUAACGGUAAAUCACCGAGAGAAGAAAAGCAACAACAUCAUGUUCAAUUUAACAAGGAUUCGAAAAAGCAAUCACAACAACAAGAACAACAGCAACAGAAUUUAUCGGACGAGAGGCCACAUCCGAGUCCUUCAAUCUCUACUUCGACUACCAGUAGCUCUGAGGACAAUUCGACUCUCGAUCAAUUUUGUGAAGCCAGACCACCAGACGGUGGUUGGGGUUGGGUUGUGGUUGCUGCUUCCUUUAUGGUUAAUCUCAUAGCGGAUGGCAUCACUUUUUCAUUCGGUGUCAUUUACGUCGAGUUUCUUAAUUAUUUUGGAGAAGGCAAAUCAAAGACUGCAUGGAUAGGUAGUCUUUUUAUGGCAAUGCCUUUGCUGUCUGGACCAGUAGCGAGUUUUCUAACGGACAGGUACGGUUGUCGGAGAGUCUCGAUAGCUGGUAGUAUAUUAGCAACCGUAGGAUUUAUCGUGAGUUCAUACGCAAAUUCAAUGGGGGUUCUAAUUUUCACAUUCGGAGUCGUUUCCGGUUUCGGAUUAUCUUUAUGUUUCGUUGCGGCAGUCGUCAUCGUCGCUUACUACUUCGACAAGAAGAGAUCUUUCGCCACAGGAUUGUCUGUCUGCGGCAGCGGCAUUGGUACUUUUAUCUUUGCACCUGUAACUCAGUAUCUUCUUGCGGAAUAUGGUUGGAGAGGAACGAUGUUGAUACUAGCAGGUUUGUUUUUGAAUUUGGCGGUAUGUGGUUGUUUGAUGAGAGAUCUCGAGUGGACGACCACCAUAACAAAGGCAAAAACUGAAGAGAGGAGAAAAAAUCGUGAGAAAAAGAGAUCGAGAAUACAAAGCUCCAGUGCUGAUUCGUUUUCCGCAAGUAGUUCGGCAAAUACAACAACUCAAACGCCUCACGGUGAUACAAAAAGAAGUUUUGCUUCGGCGAAUGCGAUGAUCAUCGAGAAUCUUCGCCUGCAAGAGGAAGGAGACGACGAUAAACUCUUCUCCAGUCUCGUCAGUUUGCCUACUUUCGUUAAAAACGGAGAGAAGGUUCCACUCGAAGUACUAGAGUUAUUAAGUACUCGAAAGAAUGUCUAUAACGUCUUAUUACAAAAUUAUCCGAAUCUUUUGAUAUCCUCCAAGAGCUUCAGCGAUUCCGGUGCUCUUCACGAUCAAAUAAGUAUACCUUCAGCUAGAUUCGUACCAACGCCCAGCCCAUUAGCUGAUCUUAAAGGCGAGGAUCGGAAAGACAAAAGCUCGAAAAAUGAUGAGCAAGAACAUGGAAGACAGACUGAUACCGCGUAUCUUUGGUGGUUAAAAAAAAUCAACUCCGAUAGUCCUUUGCGCCGUUCAAGUACCAUGGAACAUCCACGAAGACUGCCCACAGCCUAUCUCAAGGACAUCAGGAUGCACAGGCACAGUCUCACAUAUAGAGGAGCCAUGCUCAAUAUCAACAGGUAUCGGUUGAGAGCCUCAAGCUGUCCAGAUAUUUACAGGAAUUCGAUGACCACGAUAGCUAAAACGAAAUUGGUCUGGUACGCCGGCCUUUGGGAGUUCUGGGAUCUUAUCGUUGAUAUGCUGGACUUUUCCCAUUUUGCCGACUCACGAUUCUUACUCUUUGCCAUCAGUAACUUCCUUUUACACACUUGGUACGACGUACCUUAUGUCUAUCUCACAGAUAAUGCCAUUGAGAUGGGCUUCAGCGAAACCGACGCUUCCAUUUUGAUUUCGGUAAUUGGUAUCACCAACAUGGGUGGCGAGAUUAUUCUAGGUUGGGCUGGUGAUAGAGAUUGGGCGAAUGCUUCCAUCGUCUAUGCCGUGUGUAUGUCACUUUGUGGUGCAGUCACGGCUAUGAUACCUAUGGUCGUCAGCAAUUAUUAUAUGCUCUGCGCAAUAUCUGGUGCCUUUGGUCUCUUUAUCUCGGCGAAUUAUAGUCUUACCAGCAUCAUUCUCGUCGAGCUAAUCACAAUUGAGAGAUUUACCAAUGCCUAUGGACUUUUACUUCUUGUUCAGGGUGUCGCAAAUCUCAUGGGUCCACCGUUAGCUGGGUGGUUAUAUGACAUCACCGGAUCGUAUGAUCUCUCCUUCUACUUGGCCGGCUUCUUCAUUGCCGUAAGCGGGGCGUUGCUUUUGGUAACGCCACUCAUCGGCCUCUAUCGAAAAUUUAGGCCAGGCUUGAAGGAAGAGGUAGCUAACAAGGAUUUCGCUGAAACGAAUAAUGUUUAAAUUGUGACAUGAUUCAUAACAUUACAAUACGAAAGAUAUUAAAAACAAAAUGAACACAAAAAAAAAAUAACGGAGGAGGAGGAGGUUAAUGGAAUUUAUGGGAAAAUUAUCUUUCCAAUUCAGGAAUUGUAAAUUUACGCGUAAAAAAAAGAGACAUAAAAAAGAAAACACACAUACUUUCUAUGUAUUUUGAAGAUUUUUCUGACGGAGACGCGUACCGUCUAUAUACAUAUUAUAUAAUAUUAA